CUUCCGGUUCCGAAAAUUUUUGUUUUCAUAGUUUUUCUCCCUACAAAACCAUUAAAAUACUCAUAGAAAUACAACAAUUUACAAGCAAUCCACCGUUGUGGUGGGAGUUCAUGUUGUGUUCUAUUGUUUCAGCCAAGAAAAGCCCUCGAAAAAACGGAAGUUUUCUGAGAAUCUGCUAAAACUCGAACACUUUUUGAGAUUCUGGGGUCCAAAAAAUAUAUUUUGGAAGCCCAAGUUGUCAGUAGUAGUGAGGCGUGAAUUCAAUGACAUCUUGAAGCAUAUUAAGCAAAUCAACCAUGACAGACAAGCCUGAUGGCAACGAGAAACUGCCUCCAAUCAAAUCCAAGAAAGAUGAUGAAGACGUGGGGCCACCGAAGGAGAAAUUUGCUGCCAAGAAUUGGAAGGCCGUCCCUCAAAGUGAACUCAAGAAAAUGUCACCACAGCAGAGGAGCAAAUACUUAGCUUAUGAAGAGCCCCCUAAAGAUGCAGCAGCUGCUCAGUCUGAGGCACUCAAGAGGCUGGUCGAGCUGAAGAAACGAAGGCAAAAGGCAGAAAAUUCUGAACGAGAUGAGGAACUCGAUGAGAAGGAGAAGCAUGCCAAAUUGAUAGGACAACUCAAGGCUGCAGAGGCCAGAAACAGGCUUAGGAUUAUGAGAUUAAGAUACUUUGCUAACCGGGGCCAAGAGGUGAAUCAUUUGAUCUCUUGUCAGCCGUCUGCACUGAAGGCCGUUCGCCUGCAGGCCUUGUUACCCGCUCACACAGACUAUGAUAAUGUCAAUGACACUAUGGAGAAAUUAGACCGUGAUCGAUGUGAGAAACUCCUAGAAGACCAGAAGGGACUCUUGACUCACAGAACAUAAACCAGAGGAGGUAGAAAUCAAGGGCUUCGUGCAUUUAUAUCAUUGACUCUUUUUCAGUCAUGUUAGUGACAUCAACAGUUAUAUUCUUUAAUAAUUGCACCCAAAUUCAGCAGGAAAUGACCAAUUCUGGAUUGUCAUUGUGAUUUGGAAUCCCACAGUACAAAUGCAAGAGCGAGUCAAAGAAUAGAAUGUUCAAGGUUUUCACUUUAAAAGAGAUUGUGAUUUAUAAAGUAGAUUUUGCGCUACUUUUUCACAUUUUGUAUUUGUUUGUAUUCUACCCUGACCGGUAAGUACAAUUUUGGUUUUAUUGUAAAAGAUUGUGAAAGUCCAGUUUAUACUAUCCCAAUUUAACCUAACGAAUGUCAUUCAUAAUCUUGUAUAAAAUCCUCAUGAUCAAGUAUUCCAAUUCGUCCUUACUGUAUAUUUCAUUGUCUUAUCUCAAUAAAGUGCUGUGAUAUGUUUAUUCAUCCAUCCAAAUCUAGAAAUGAGAUUUGUAGUUUGUUUAUAAAUUAUGUAUAAAGUUUUAUAAAUAAAAAGUGUGGAGUGUACUGUCAAAUCGGCCAGGAGCUGUAAAGACUUUUGAGAAGAGGAAUAGCAUCUGUAUUAUUUGGUGUGGCUUUUCUAUAAUAAAAGUCAUUUUGUGCCACCAACAACAGCAGUAGGCUUUAUUUGUUCUUGAUGUCACUCUGUGAUCUUCAAAGAUUUCUGAAAUCAUGAGUAUCGAAUCUGAUGGCAUGAGAAUUAACAAUUUGAAAAUAGCGGCCUGUAAAUAUUCGUUUCGGAAUAAAGGGAUGUAAAUA